CUGUCACACAGGGGUCCUGGGAGACGGAAGAAAAAUCCCGACAUUCCACCGGAACUUCUUAACAAUCCUUUCAAGCAUUUCAAAGUGGAUAAUCACACGGACAGAUCUGUUAACCUGUCAAAUGGAGAAGCAAUAAAAACAGACGAUACAAACAAGUCCACGUCCCACGAUUCAUCCCCAAGCGAUGGCGUUACCAUUUCUUUUGAGGGUCCACGAGAUGCUAAUAACAAUGCAAGUAGCACCGCACACAAAGACUUGCAGUUUAAAACGCCCGUCUCCCGUGUUGCGAACAUGACGUCACCACAAGCAGCUAUGAAUCACACUCCACCUCAUCUGCACGUGAGCCCGCGAUUCACAACAACGCACGUGAUUCAUUCACCAACUAACACGUCAUCAUCGCGCAUUGUCAGUCCGCCCAGCGGAGUUAUUUUGGCGCCAAAUUCCCAGUCAUGCGCUUUCAACUUUCCUCCUAGACCUCACGUGACUUUGAGCCCGCAAGGAAAUGUGCUAAGCCCGCAAACCAAUGGAGUUCCACCAACAAGCGGUGCGUCAACUGUAGCUACCCAUAGUCCAGGGCGAUCGCCAGCUGUUGGAGACGCGGUUAACGGUGAGGCGUCAGUACCUCAUGUCAGCAGUACUGGUACAUCAGAGCAUGCAGCUGAGUUUAGGGCAGCUGCAGCCAAUGAUACCGGUUCAGAUAUAUCAGCGUCUUCCCCGCACGUGCUCUCACGUGAGGUUUGUAGAAUCUGAUUGUCUUUUAUUAUAGAGGUUUGUCUUCAAAUGCUUGUAUGCUUGUGUUCCUUGGUUUGAGUAAUAAAAAAGAGUGCCCUUUACUUUUAUACUGAUUUGCCUUUCAUUUGAAUUUGCAGCCUGAAUAUAGAGAGCCUGGAUCCACAGGUCAGUAGCGAGAUAGUCUGUACUUUUGACAAAACAAUUAUCCUAAGUAUUAUAAAAUUUGAAUUUUAGUGCUGAUCGACAGAGAAUGGUUUUAAGAUCUUUAAGAAAAACCUUUGGAAAUUCCGCUAAUUAAGAGAUGUUCUUCGUUGCAGAGAGUCUUCUAUUUAACAUUCAAGGUCUUUUGAAGGUGGCGGCAGAAAAUACCAGGCAACAUGAGCGACAGGCUGUUUAUGAAAAGAGUAAGUGAAAUACCAUCGCAUUUUAAGACCUUGGUAUGAAUAACGUCCAAAUUUAUCGCGAAAUGUUAGACUUUUAUAAUACUUCGCUCUGUCGCUACUGCGUUUGACGAUAACUGCUUUCGAGACUAAGAAUCUUGGGGUUUUUUUUUAAGUGGCGUAAAUUGCAAAAAAAAGACGUGUAACGAGAUUAAGGCGAACUCGAGGAGUUACUUUAACACGGCUUUCAAAGCCUUCGUUUGCUUUGCUUUUGAAUUUUCGGCGUCCUUGUCCUUUCAAACAGCAAUACUGUGAAAGUUAUGGCUCCUGUGUUGACAAAAAAACUUGAUGAUCCCAGAGAAAGGAUAAGUGAGCAAACCUUGGUUUUACCCGUCGUUAUCAUUUUCUAAUUUAUUGUGAAAGUGUACAACUUUACUUAACCCAUAAAACAAUACAUCGGUGUUUGCUGUCGUACUUACUAUAGCUGUUGUAUGUUUAGAUGAACUCCGUCGGCAUAUUCAUCGUGAACGCGAAGCUCGCGAGAAAGCUGAAAGACAGGCAGCUGCACUUCAGAGAGGAAAAGGUACAAUUGAACUUUAAGUACAUCGUUUUUUUCUACGGUCUAGCUAAUGUGCUCCUCGUAAAUAGCGUUUCAACAAUAAAUACUGCGCCAGGCGAAGCACGUGUUGAGCAGAUAUUUAAACCGAGAGGGUAAGUCAUAGGAAAAGUUGUUCUUCUUUGUCUCUUGCUUACUACCUAGGUUUGGGGUAUGUCGUAAUUUCAUUUAUUUGCUUGCAGCUCUCCUCCAGAAGAAGUUGAAAAAAGAGAAGAGGACAAAGCGUAAGCUUGCUGAGCGACUGAUGGGUAGGCGGCUUCAAUUUCAAUCUUCCACAAAAUUUUGAUUUGUCCUUCAUGGCUCAUGCAGCUGUUUCGUUCCCAGCUGUCAGUACUAAGUAACAUUGUUCUUGUUCUCGUUGCAGAGGAGCAGCACCGAUGUGAGCUUCUGGAGGAGCAACUGAAAGAAUCCACUCAAAAUGCGCUUAAACAGCGAAAUGGUAAGUGACCUGAAAUAAGUGAAGAGUUUUUCUCCUGCCUUCUCUCUCACACACUGAUCUCCCGCUCGUGGGAGUCCGUGUGCUGCAGCCGAGAUCUUGAGAAGUGUUUUCUUGUCCAGUAAAGUUAGCCGUUUACACAAUCUCUUGAUUUUGACCCUUAACGUGUUUUUCCUUUGUAGAUGAGUUAAUUCAAGAAGUUGAGAGAGAGCGGACUGCAAAGAUUGAGGCCGAAAGGAAGUUAAAAGGUAAACUAUACACGCGAAAACGU